AUGACUCAUCAUCUUCUGAGAAACAUCAUCAGUAUCAUUGAGGCUUUCCUCUCUAAUGCAAAGAGUGAUGGAGACUAUCAGAGGCUAAACAAGACAGAACUUAAGAAACUUCUCCAAGAAGAGUUUGGAAGUGCUCUGGAGGCAAAAGUAUCCAGCCCUACGGAGACUGAACGAUGCAUCGAGUCUCUGAUUGCUGUUUUCCAAAAGCAUGCUGGAAGGGAUGGUAACAACAGCAAACUCUCCAAGGCCGAGUUCCUAAUCUUCAUGAAUACAGAGCUGGGUGCCUUCACAAAGAACCAGAAGGACCCUGGUGUCCUUGACCGCAUGAUGAAGAGAUUGGACCUCAACUCUGAUGGGCAGCUAGAUUUCCAAGAAUUUCUUAAUCUUAUUGGUGGCCUGGCCAUUGCUUGCCAUGAAUCCUUUAUUAAGUCCGCCUCUGGCCCGAAGUAA